AAAAGAACUCUUAAAAAAAGCACUGGAUUAAAAAAGUAGUUAAGCUAAAUCUAGGGAUUAGGAACAAAAAAUCCAGGCUGUAAUGUCGGGGAAGAAACAAACGAUAACCAGCGGGAAAGUGAGGGAGGGUUUAUGUGAUGUGAGAGAAACAAGAGAAAAAAUGGGUAAAGGCGGAGGCGGAGGAGAAGAUGAAGAAGGAGUAAUGAUGGCUGGUGAUUUCUUUUGGUCAUAUACCGAUGAACCUCAUGCUUCUCGCCGUCGUCAGAUCCUCUCCAAAUACCCUCAUAUUAAACAACUCUUUGGUCCUGAUCCCUUCGCAUUCUUCAAGAUUAGUGUUGUUGUUCUGCUUCAGCUUGGUACUGCUGUUUUACUUAAGGAUGCAGGGCGGCUGAAGAUACUUCUAGUAGCCUAUUUUUUUGGCUCAUUCCUCAACCACAACCUCUUCUUGGCUAUCCAUGAGCUCAGUCACAAUCUUGCUUUUUCAACUCCAGUUUACAACCGUUGGCUUGGGAUUUUCGCUAAUCUCCCUAUAGGCGUACCUAUGUCCGUAACCUUCCAAAAGUAUCACUUGGAGCACCAUCGCUUCCAAGGUGUCGAUGGUGUUGAUAUGGAUAUCCCUAGUCACAUGGAAGCACAUGUCGUAACAAAUGUUCUUGCGAAAACCAUUUGGGUCUUUUUACAGCUAUUCUUUUAUGCAUUUCGACCGUUGUUUCUUAAACCGAAACCUCCAGGUAUUUGGGAAUUCAUCAACUUCUCUGUUCAGAUUGCCCUUGAUGUCUCAAUGGUUUAUUUCUGGGGUUGGAAAUCCUUAGCUUAUCUCAUACUUGCCACAUUUGUUGGUGGAGGAAUGCAUCCAAUGGCUGGUCACUUCAUUUCAGAACAUUAUGUAUUCAAUCCUGAACAAGAGACAUAUUCUUACUAUGGACCUCUGAAUCUUCUCACAUGGCAUGUAGGUUACCACAACGAGCACCAUGAUUUUCCAAGAAUUCCUGGAAACAAACUUCACAAGGUGAAGGAGAUUGCACCAGAAUAUUAUGAUAGUUUGUCACACUAUAAAUCAUGGAGUCAGGUUAUUUACAUGUAUAUUACGGACAGAACAAUUGGACCUUAUAGCAGAAUGAAGAGAAAGCCAAGCAAAACUGAAUGAAUAGAUGCUGUCAUUCAUUUAUUAUCCCUAUGAAUAUUCUUCAUAAACUUUUCACACUUUUGACAACUUUAUAUGUUACAGAAGAAUUUACUGUAGUUUUUGACCCAGAUAGCAAGUCAUUUGUUUAUUAGCUUAUUACAAUGGUGGUGAUACAUGUAUUGGUUUUGAACAUGAUUGAUGAACGCAUACUACAGUCAACAUGCGUUGGAGAAAUGUAUUUUGCUUCCUGAAUGCAAAGAUUAGUAGAUUACUAGUA